AGUCGACAUUUAAUCAAAACAAAGUCGAAUCAGUGUUCGCUGCCAACUUUGUUUUUUGCACAUCUUUCUCAAUUUUUUUUUAAAUCAGUGUAUAAUGGCAGGAAUAUUUCAGAGAUUUAUUGAUUGGAUUAAAAGCCUUUUUUGGAAGGAAGAAAUGGAACUAACGCUAGUUGGGUUACAGUAUUCUGGAAAAACUACGUUUGUAAAUGUUAUUGCUUCUGGUCAAUUUUGUGAAGAUAUGAUUCCAACUGUUGGUUUUAACAUGAGAAAAGUUACAAAAGGAAAUGUAACUAUUAAGUUAUGGGAUAUUGGAGGUCAGCCAAGGUUUAGAAGUAUGUGGGAGAGAUAUUGUAGAGGUGUCAAUUGUAUUGUAUACAUGGUUGAUGCAGCAGAUCAUGAGAAGAUAGAUGCUGCAAAAAAUGAAUUGUUAGGUUUGCUUGAAAAACCGCAGCUGAAUGGAAUUCCAGUUUUAGUUCUAGGGAAUAAAAGAGAUUUACCUAAUGCUUACACAGAUAAGGAACUUAUAGAUAAAUUAAACUUGGGCUCAAUCCAGGAUCGUGAAAUAUGUUGUUACUCAAUAUCAUGCAAAGAAAAAGAUAACAUUGAUAUUACGUUACAAUGGCUCAUUCAACACUCAAAAUCGAAAAGUUAAUUUUGUAUAAAAUUUGAAUCUUGUUUUGUGCAAUUUUUUUUAUAUAUUAUAAAUUAUGUGAUUAGUCAUAAAACGUUACCUCUCUUAAUUUUUAUUCACUUGCUAAAUUGAAAAAUUUCAAAUCACCAAUGCAAUCAAUUAUUCUUUGUAUAUUUUUAAAAAAUUUUAUGUUAAUUUUGUUAAAAUACGUGUUGAAGUUAAAUCUCAAUAAGAAAUAUAUUUGUUAUGUAA